GUUUAUUUUCUGUAAAUGAACAGCAAAAGGUGUACUUCCAGAUUCCUUUGAAGGUGCCUAACAUCCAGCGAAGGACUGGUGACGAGUGAACUCAGAGAACACUAGUUGCUAGGAGAUAAGGAUCCCAAGAGACGCGGGCGCAGAAAUUACCAUAAAAUCCUUGAAGUGAAGAAGCAUUCGGACGGCAAGGAUGUGAUCACGAAAAGUUCGACUUCUCCAUGGUUUCGCCGUUAGAUUUCUUGCUUUGGAGGUGACUCCAAAGCUUGUUCAUGGCACAGGGCAGGGAAAGGAAUAACUUUGUCCCACGGACCUGUGUUUCUCCGCUUUGGAAAGAUUCAACUUCGAGCAAUGUGGUUACGUUAAGAAUGCGGCCUCCUCAAACUCCAUUUACUUCACUCGAUACCUUCAUGGCAGCUCACAGCCCUCGCCGAUUUUGUCAAGCAAGACAGAAAUACGUUUUAAAACCUCUGACUGUGGAUAAAAGAAUUACAGAUACUGGAUUUGUACCUGUCCAACAAAAGAAAAGAAAUGACUCGAGUGAUGCAAGAACUAACAGUGUUCAUCAACGGCAAAGUCACCAACGUGUAACCCACAGAAGUCCACCCAGUAAUACAUACACAACAACUGAUAGCAGCAGUGAAGGAGAAGUCAACACCCAACGAGUUUUGGCACUGGGAAAAUGUAAACUAAACAAUGAAGACCUAGUUGCUAGUGACGCCUCAUCUGAGUUGUACAGGAGUAGCUUCUUUCGGCCAGGGCCUAAGAUUCCAAUGACAUUUAAUCGCAGCACAUCAAUACCCACAAUGCCUCGUAGCACUGCCGAUCUCAUUGCUAUUGGAACAAUACCAAUAACAUCUCAGCGGCAGACUCCAGUUAAACCUAUGUCCAGAUCUUCAUCUGAGGAAGAUAUUCAACUCAUGCCCAAGACAAAAACUGGAGGACUGUGGAAAACAAAAGCAACAUUAAAUCUCAAAGGAUGUAAAUAUCCAGAUCCCAUGAUUGGAGCAAGCCCUUCCUUCCAGGCAAGAAUCACAGAAAUGGCCCAGCUGGAGGUAGAAACAAUAAAAUUUGAGAAGACAAAAAAGACGAGGAAAAAGGCUUCAAGUUCCUAGCUAAAACAGAUUACAUUAAUUUACAAACUGCUAUUUAAUAGCUAGUUAAAGGUUUUUCCAAUUUAAAUUAUGUUGCAAAAAGUGCAACCUCAUUGUUUUUAGUUCCUUUCAAUUUAUUGUGUAUUUCUUUGAAAUUCACACAAAAAUUUGUAUAAUUCUACAGCCAAAUAUGCAAGAGAGUGGGGAAAAACAUUUUCACCCACAUUUUUAAAUAAGCAAGCAGUGUAUAAAUUGUACAAACCACAUAUUGUUUUGUGUACAUAAAUGUAUAUAUUAAAUAAUUUCUUCAGUUGUGAAAAAAAAAAUUUUUUUUCAAAUAGAAUUUUAUUGGAACAUUA